UAAAUGCAGCAUAAUGCCUUCCAAAGUCUCCUGUCUCUACAUCCUGACAGUGGUGUGCUGGGCAAGCGCUCUGUGGUACUUGAGUUUAUCUCGACCCACGUCCACUUAUGUGGGCCACAUAUCUCUGCCGAUACGCAAGACGGUGAAAGCGGCCAAAAACACCACCUUCAGCAACAUCCGCACACGGCCGCUCAACGCGCACGCCUACGACUUUGUCAUCAACGAGCCCGACAAGUGCAAAGACGCCGCUCCCUUCCUGGUCGUCCUCAUCAGCACCACUCACAAGGAGUUCGACGCCCGCCAGGCCAUCCGCGAGACCUGGGGAGACGAGAGCGCCUUCACCGACUUGCGGAUCCUCAUCAUCUUCCUCCUGGGGAGGAACACGGAACCCGUCCUCAACCAGAUGGUGGAGCAGGAGAGCCAGAUCUUCCACGACAUCGUGGUGGAGGACUUCAUCGACUCGUACCACAAUCUCACCCUCAAGACUAUAAUGGGCAUGCGUUGGGUGGCCACCUUCUGUCCCAAAGCUCAGUACGUCAUGAAGACCGACACUGACGUCUUUGUCAACAUGGACAACCUUAUUUACAAGCUCCUCAAACCUAGUGCCAAGCCCAGAAAGAGAUACUUCACUGGCUCCGUCAUCCACGGGGGGCCCAUAAGGGACAUGCGUAAUAAGUGGUACAUGUCCAGGGACUUGUACCCAGAGAACAAGUACCCGCCGUUCUGCUCUGGCACCGGCUACGUUUUCUCGUCGGACAUGGCCGAGCUCAUCUUCAAGACUUCGCAGCACACCAGAUUGUUGCACCUGGAGGACGUUUACGUGGGCUUGUGUUUGCGCAAGUUAGGUAUCCACCCUUUCCAGAACACUGGCUUCAACCACUGGAAGAUGGCCUACAGUCUGUGCAGAUACAGACGAGUCAUCACCGUCCACCAGAUCUCCCCCGAUGAGAUGCACCGCAUUUGGAAUGACAUGUUCAGCAAAAAGCACCUGAAAUGUUAAACAUUUCCCGUGACAAUUAAAUAAGAUGUUGAAAGUCUCGGUAGAAGAGGGGAAGUUGUUUGGGUCAGCAGCAUUUGGUCGAAUCCAUAUUUUAUUUCCUUUUCACGUGCUGUAGAAGUUCCAGGUACUCCAAUAUUUGUAUUCACAUAAUGUUGACCUCGUCCAAUCAAUGAGCAGCUCACCUCUCUUCUUCCUGGGCUCACUCACACCAAAAUUAAUUCGCUCUAUGUAAUCGGUCGGCAAAAGCGCAAACAGUCAUUCAAAGGCCUGGAUUAGAGAGUGACUUCACUGUGUUCUUAAAUUUACGAUUUUGUGAGGAUGUCAUCAUGGCAACGUCUCUCAUCUUAAUAUUGAAAGAUGUUUAAAUGUCCUCAUCGUUCUGUGCCUCACUAAAAACAGCUUCGGUUGGUUGUAUACUGGCAAAUUGAGUUGCUGAGAGCAUUACAGGAAAUUGAAAAUAUCCAGGAGAGUUUUUGUUGAUUUCUGAAGCUGUUGACAUUUUUUUGUGGUUCUCAAGGCCAAAUGUUUUUGUCAUUUUGUUUUGCAGUAUUUGAAGCUAAUGUGACAGAUAUUUCACAAAGGGAUGUGAUUUUUUUUUUUUCAU